ACAAACUAGCAGUCGCUUGCUAACCAGAGCAAGGAGUUGAAAGACUACACCGAUUAAAAUAAAUACAGUUAUCUCCAAUUUGAGCCACUAGGGUUUUGUUUUUUUGCCAAGGAUUUAGGUUUACGUUUUAACACGAUGUCAACUCCAGCAAGACGACGUUUAAUGAGAGAUUUUAAACGGCUCCAAGAAGAUCCUCCCGCAGGGGUUAGUGGGGCCCCGUCAGAAAACAAUAUCAUGGUAUGGAACGCUGUCAUUUUUGGCCCGGAGGGAACGCCUUUUGAAGAUGGAACCUUCAAACUUACCAUUGAAUUCACAGAGGAAUAUCCAAAUAAACCUCCAACAGUGCGAUUUGUUUCCAAAAUGUUUCACCCUAAUGUGUAUGCAGACGGCAGCAUAUGCUUAGAUAUACUUCAGAAUCGUUGGAGUCCAACCUAUGACGUCUCUUCUAUCCUAACAUCCAUACAGUCUUUACUGGAUGAGCCAAACCCAAACAGUCCAGCCAACAGCCAAGCAGCUCAGCUCUACCAGGAAAACAAGCGUGAAUAUGAGAAGAGGGUUUCGGCUAUUGUUGAACAGAGUUGGCGUGACUGUUGACCCCUGUUGUCGUUCAAGUAUGAACAGUCUCCAGCCCAGAAUCAAGAAACCACCGAAAACACAAACUGAUCUUGCAACAGAAGACAGCACAUCCUUCUCAGUAUAUUUGCCCCACAACUGUUGCUAAGUCUGUAUGCUGUUGUGUUGUGGCAUUCACUCCUUCCGAAUGCUUUUGUUAGGCAAUUGCAUAAAUUUGUUGAAAGUUAAUGUAUCUUGUUAUAUUUGGGUUACUUGCAACAAGCCCCAGCUAUUUUCUUUUUGUUUAAGGCGGCAUUAGACAGGCUCUUAGUUGUGACUUUACUUUUUAAUUUCUACGUGAAUUAACCUGGUUGGAUAAAACAGUGACAGUUAUUAGAUGUGCUUGCUGUGUGGUUUGCUGUGUAGAUACCAACAGUUCAUAUCUAAAAAGCAAAGCUUUCCCCUUCUGUUUCAGUGGCCUCACUCCUUUUGGUUUUCUUUUUCAUGCCUUAAAAAAUAUCCUCUCUGAAAGAUAAACAUGUCAUGCAAAUCCAUGCCUUUGAUUUUAAAAUUUUUCCAGAUAAUGGCAAAAUUACACAUUUCUUUUUUUCAACACUGAAACAAGACAGUUCCCUUUCAGGGCACUUCACUUGUUCAAAUAGUUUCAUACUGGUGACAUUUAAGGCUGUGUGAGAGUAUUUCUAUGCUAUUUUACAAUCUUAUAAAUCAGCAUUCAUUAUUGGCUGAUUGAAAUGUUUAACCAGGAUGGUGUCUGUUUUCAGAUAAAAGUUUGCACUGGUAACCCAUGUAACAAAAUGUACAUUUUCUUGUAAAUAAAAUAAAUAUACAUCA